CAGGCAGGACUGAAGGGGUUAACAGAAACACCCAGGCGGAGUUUGAGGUUUGACUGCAUUCCCUGGGUUUCAACGUGUCUGUGAAGCUCUCACCCACUCCUUUUCGGGUUUUAAUCCAUUUGUGAAGUAAGAACGUGGAGGUAAAAAAAAAAUAAUCAUCGGUGGUCGAAACGAGGAGGAAGAUGCCAGGGACCUGUGGCACUUUGUGAAACAAGAUGUGCAAAAUAGAGAACCUGAUGGAUGGAAAGCAGCUGAUGAAAACGGGCAUCACCUUAAUUGUGAUCGGUCAUUUGAAUUUCAUUCUGGGUUCCAUUGUCCACGGCACUGUCCUGCGUCACGUCACUGUGCCCGGAGACGGCAUCUUAGUCGAAUAUUCCGUCACCACUAUCAUGUCUGUCAUCUCAGGAAUCGUGAGUAUUUCCACCGGAAUUAUAGUAAUUGUGCUGUCCAGAGAUCUGUCUAACACAAGACUGCAAUAUGUUGUGUUUGCGAGCAGCAUGUCUAAUUGCCUGAUCUCUCUGGCCUGUAUGCUGGGGCUAGCAGUGUCCGUGAUCAUAACCAUAAUAAAUGGCGGAAGGACAUUACUUGCAGUCUGUGGCCUCGGCUCCACCAAGGAUAUUUUACAAGUGACAAAUGAAUGUCCGUUUGACCCUACAAGAAUUUACGAUACUGCCCUCGCCAUGUGGAUUCCAUCUCUCAUACUAUCUGGCGUCGAGGUCUUUCUGUCCAUUAGAUGUUUUUUGGUGGCUCUAAACUUGCUGGGAAGCGUUAAGCGUCGUCGUAAGAACGUCAGGAAACUGGUUAGAGUGAAUCCACUGGAGGACAUUCAGGAGGUGGAUGAAGGCAAUGAACUUCUUGAGCCAACGGCAGUGAGGUUCUGGGUGUGACUGUGAUCUCAGCCUACUUUGCCUCAAGAUACAACUGUGGAAAAAACACACACUCUCCUGACAAGUACUAGGAGACGUUUGCAGGGUUUGUGGGCUCUCCACACAAACUGAUCCAAACCCAAGUGAAGAGACAUUCAUGUGUGUGUGUGUGUGUGUGCUUUGUUGUGAAAAAAAACUCCUGACCCAACGUGAACAGCUUCAAGAGGAUCUCUUUUAAACCUGAAGACUUUGCUGCGGAUUUCGCGCCUUCAUGACUGGGAAAUGAUGUCCUUUUCCCAACCACAGGAACAACGUACACAAGCAACUCUUUGGAACCUCGUGAACUACAUGCCACAUUGCUGGCGAACUCAAAAGAACUUCAGGGAAUUAUAACGUGCAGGAAAUACUAACGUGCAGAUCGAACAAGACUUCUAAAGUGUCCAAAAAUAUUGUGUUAUUUUUUUAAAAAAAAAACUGUCCACACUAUCCUGGAUGUUCCGAAUAUCCAGUGUAUCCCGUGAAGCGCAUUUCUGGAAACAUCCUUCCAACCUGAGAGGCACUACGUCAAACAUAGAGGGUUUAUUGUUAUUCUUUUAAAAUUAUUUUUGUUGAAAAUGGCA